CGUGGCAUUGUGGACAUUUUGUAAACCUAGUAUAUUACGAAGUAAAAUGUAAGAAAAUGAGAUGUGAUUAUAUAUAAUCGAAUAGGUUUGUUAUUUCAUCGCUGAUCGUUUUUGCGUACCUAGAAUAUUUAUGAGAGGGCGGUUCUAUUUCCCGCUCAUGCUUGAUUGACAUGUGCCCAGAGGCUAAGCGGAGCUCGGGCACAGUCAGGCGUUCUACCUUGGAAAACAUGGAAAGAAACCACCCGGCAGAGUCAUAGACAUUUCAAUAUAUUUAUUAAUUAUGGACCAUGUUUCGAGACGCUGUGGAGUCAGCCGAUCGCGUUUAACAUAGUUGAUACCAGAUUGCGGUUGCUCUCCAGUUUCAGCCACCAAAGUAAAAAUCCAGGUGCAUAAACGGGUUUCUCUCUUCCAGAUAGGAUGAAAGAUCGAGACACUUUACUCUCCUCUUCCAGCUAAAUUAGCUUGUGCCUCGGGUGGGUCAAUACAACUCUCCGUUGUUUGACUGUCUGGGACAUCGAGUGACUCUUCGACUGUCCCUGAUCGGCAUCCGAGUCCACGCCUGGGACUUGCAGUUGUGGGACUCGCUUCAUGGAGAGAGCAGCGAUACCGUUUCAACUUUUGGACUACAGAAUAGCCUACUGCGAUUAACUAAACGUUUAGGCCACAUUUCCACGGCAUAUUUUGGAAUAUAUUUGGGUUCACUCAUGGAAAAGAAAAACAACAAAGCGAACAAGGUUCGCUCGCCGCAACUUCGCAGCCUGAACUCAACUAUCAACUCUCCUCCCAGCGGCAGCAGCGCCAAAGAGAGAGUGCACAGUGUGGACCCGUAUGGCUUUGAGCGGUUGGAGGACUUUGACUAUGAGUCGUAUGAGGAGUUGAUGUCAGAGUACCUGGCCGUGCUCACCAGGAGGUCCAUCAGAUGGUCCAGGCUGUUGCAGGGACGGGGACGGCUGGAGAAGAGCAUCAAGGUGAAGCGGUAUGUGCGUAAGGGCGUGCCCAACGAGCACCGAGGGUUGGUCUGGAUGUCAGCCAGCGGGGCCCAGGAGCACCUGGAGAAGAACCCAGGAUACUAUCACUCUCUACUGGACACUACGAAGCAACAGCAUGACCCCAAGCUGGUAGACUCCAUACGCACAGACCUGAACAGAACCUUUCCUGACAACAUUCAGUUCCGCAAGACGUCCAACCCAUGUCUCCAGAGAACCCUGUACAACGUGCUGCUAGCGUACGGACACCACAACCCAGCUGUGGGCUACUGUCAAGUACGUUUACCCUGUUACACCUGGCGGUUCUUUGUUUGCUUCCCAAAUGACACCCUAUUCCCUAUAUAAUGCACUACUUUAGAC